AUGGAUGAGCCACAGCAGGAGCCAGGUGCUGUGCCCAGGCAGGGACAUGUUUUAUGUGUGGUGUUUGCAGAAGGCCCGGCCAGGCGUUGCUCAGGAGAGGUGUGAGUGGGUGAGACAGGAGCAGGGAGAUCCCAGCCUGCGUUCUGCAUGGCAGUGUCACCUCCUCCUGCCACGGUCACCUGGAAGGUGUCUGGAGAAGGGAGCUCAGCCCCAGGAGCAGCGCCUGCCUGCAGAAGAAAGAAGGAGGAGCAGCAGCCCCUGGCCCGGAGCCAUGUCGGUGAAGCUCACGUUCGUGUCCCCUGGGGACGGGGGUGGCAUCAGCAGGAGCUGCUCCUUCACUGGCUUCAGCACUGUGCAGAGCAGGAAACUGGCCAAGGCCCUCAGCAGAAGCUCGGUGAGGUCGAGGAUGUCACUGAAGCCCCCCAAGGCCUACAACUCCCUGCAGAAGGGGGCUCUCGUCUGGGACCCACAGCCGCUGCAGGUGAAGAAAAUUUUUGAAGCUUUGAAGAAAGGACUUAAUGAGUACCUGGAGGCACAUCAGGCUGAGCUGGAUUACCUCUCUGGUCGGCACAAAGACACAAAAAGGAACUCCAGAUUGGCUUUCUACUAUGACCUGGACAAGCAAAUCCGCUCUGUGGAGAGAUACAUCAGGAAAUUGGAGUUUCACAUUAGCAAGGUAGAGGAGCUCUAUGAAGCGUACUGCAUCCAGUGCAGGCUGAGGGAUGGGGCCACCAACAUGAAACAAGCCUUCUCCCUGUCCCCUUCCACCAAAGCCUCCAGGGAGAGCCUGGUGGAGCUCUACAAGAACGUCCAGGAGUGCACAGAGGACAUGUGCUUCAUCGAGGGGGCUCUGGAGGUGCACCUGGGGGAGUUCCACGUGAAGAUGAAAGGGCUGGUGGGCUUUGCUCGUCUCUGCCCAGGAGACCAAUAUGAGGUGUUUGUGAGACUGGGGCGCCAAAAAUGGAGGCUGAAAGGCAAAAUUGAGACUGAUGACAGCCAAACGUGGGAUGAGGAAGAAAAGAUUUUUAUACCAAAUCUGCAUGAGAACUUUGAAAUCAAGGUGACAGAGCUGCGGGGCCUGGCCACCAUCCUGGUGGGGGUGGUGACCUGCGACAGCAUCAACUUCUUCAGCACCAAGCCCCAGGCCAUCAUCGUGGACAUCACCGAGCUGGGCACCAUCAAGCUGCGCCUGGAGGUGCUCUGGAACCCCUUUGACUCAGAGAACCUGUUUCUGUCGCCUGGAAGCACUGCCAAGUUUUCUGUGGGCAGCAGGAAGAGCUCCUUGUACAACUGGACCCCCCCAAACACGCCCAGCUUCAGAGAGAGGUAUUACCUGUCUGUCCUGCAGCAGCGGCAGAGCCCGGGGGCUGCGGGGGAGGACCCCCGGCCCCCCAGCAUCCUGAGCUACUUGGCCGCCUGCGAUUUCGGUGUCCCCGGGAGGAACAAGCCCCACAGCGCUGCGGAGACCAGCGAGGGAGACUCGUUGAGCUGGGAGGAUCAGAAAGGGGCGGAAUCCCGGAGCACAACCCCGGCCCUGGAGCUCCGGGCGCUGCCGCCGCUGGUGGCUCAGGAGGCCGGAGCGGAGCCGCAGCAUCCCCUGCCCGCUCACAGCACUCUGGACAUCCUGAAGAAGACCCCGUGUGCGGAUGGGUUCCCAAGCCCCUCCAGCCUCCCCACCCGUCACAGAGGCGGGGGAGACUCCUUCGGCCAGCCCCGGGAUCGCCGCCUGGCAGAGCAGGAGAACAUCAGCCAGCAAAGCUGGAACGCCGCACACGACCCCAGGGCGGACGGGCGUGCGAGGUCCAUGGACAGGACCCUGCAGGAGGUGUUAAAUCUGCUGAGACCGCGCCGGGACGGGCAAGCCCAGCUGCAGAAACUGGAGUGCCAGGUUUCGUCCCUGAGGGACAAGCUGAAGCUAAAGACACUCCACAAACAUUCCUCCAUGGAGAGUCUGAUGGUGGAGACGGUGCUGGAGAGUUUUGAUUUCCUGAACGCUGACUGCAGCGCUGACGAGCUGUCCUUGUUCGGGAGCAUCAGGACGGGCAGUGGCAGCACAUACAACAGCAACGUGCUCCAGUCCCUGAGCUGUGACACGAGGCCAGAGGCACAGGAUGUCACUACUGGGGAUGACAACCUAGACCUGCUCUUGAUAACACACCUGAGGCUGUGCAAAGGUCUCCUGCAGAAACUGAGGAGACCUAAUGUAGCCCCGGUGGUCCAGGAGAGCAUUUUGGAAGAAGUGUCAGAGCAGACACGAGUGCUGGGGGAUGUUCUGGAUCUGUCUGUGGAGAAAAUUAUUCAGAAGACUAAAAAGAAGAAGCAGUAUCUGAAAAUCUGGAGUGAUCUCGCAGAGCCUGGCAGCAGCAUCCUGGUGACCUCAGCAGAAAGGUUCCGCCAUGCACUGAAAUACACAAUGAUGCUCAAAGUGAAGGAGAAGUACCCCAGCCACCUGGAGACAGUGCUGCAGAGGCUGCUGGAGCAGAUCCUCACCUGCCAGGGGCUGCUGCCCUGCUCCCACUGCCAGACGGAGCCGGUGACGCUGUUCCAGUUCUGCCGUUACCUGGACAGGCAGCGCGUGGGCAGCCUGGAGAAACACCUGGCACAGCUGGCUAAAGAAGUGAUGCUGAUCGAGGAGCUGCAGUGCCCCGGGAGGCUGAAGACGCUGAAGAGGCUGAAGGGGAAGCGGCUGAGCCGGCUGCAGCCGCUGCCGCGGACGCUGCGGCUGCUCGGGCUGCUGCAGCUGGACGAGAACCACCGAGUGAGCAAAGCGGCCACGGCGUGCCUGGCCCGGGCCGGCGGCAGCGGCAGCGUCCGGGCCAGGGCUGUCCUGUUCUACAGCGAUGCCCUGUCGGGCUGUGACGCGAGGCUGCAGCAGGCUGCGUGUCUGGCCCUGAAGAACCUCCGGGCUGUGGAGAGCAUCGAGCCCAUUGCCCACCUGUGCCAGUCGGAAACAGAGGAAGUCAGGAACGCCGCCAGAGAAACCACGCUGUCCUUUGGGGAACGGGGCCGACAAGCCUUUGAGAAGAUGGACAGGAUCUGCUGUGAGCUGAGAGAAACAGCUCAGGAGGCUGAGAUUGAAAUCACAGUGUUCUAGCAGUGGAAUGUGAGGAGCUGGAUCCCACCGUCCUCACAGCCACACGGGUACCUGAGGGUUUGGUUUUGUGUGAUUUCCUCCUGUUCUGUUCUGUCCCUGCUGCCUCCUGCCCCAGGACAGGGUUAUUUCCAAAGGAGACACUGUGAUCUCCAGGAUGCAGCCUGGAAUGUGUUUUCUCAGUCUCUAGCACACGAUGAAAUAGCAAGUGCUGGACAGUGAAAACUGAGAUCUCUCAGAAUGUGGAUCCAGGCCAUAACUGGAGUUAAAAUCUCCACCUUGCUGGAAUUAGCUGCCCCUGCUCCAACUCUGUCCAAUACGAUCUGUUUUCCCAGGAAGUGAUUUAUUAAUUUGGCAUUCCCCAAGGAGAGAAAUGAUCACUCUCCCAGUCCAUCAACUGGGAGAACAAAUUAGAACAAAUCCAGCACCAUUGCUUGGUGGAUUCCUUUGCAGUUUAGCUGCAGAAGGAAAACCUGGUACUGCCUGAGUCACUUUCUUUGUACCUGCUGCAGCUCAGGCCGGGUCCAGCAGGGCUGACAGGCUCUGUAAGGGGUGUGUGUGCUCAGCAGCAGGGGCUGCAGGGGGUUUGCCAUCUCAGGUCUGACUGAGGGAGGGACAGGUUUGUAUUUUAAAUUCGGAAUUCAGUCACAGACCAAGACUUCUCCUCCUCACCCCCCCGUGGCUGGGCUGGUCCCCCAGCCUGGCUGGCAGGGGGCCCAUGGGGAGCAGCCUGGCUUCAGGUGCAAUACUUGAAAGGGUUGGGCUUGUGUGUACAUAUUUAUAUAUAUAUAUAUAUACACACAUAAAACUUUUCUAUUUGGUAUUUAUUUGUUGGAUUUCAUACUGUUUUCUAAAGUUCUAAUAAACCAUUUGAGACAA